AUGCACCAUUGAAGUUGGACGCCAGCCGCCGUUAAACAUCAAGGAAGAAGAAGAAGAAGGUAAAAUGAUGGAAGGAAACCGGGACGAAGCUGAAAAAUGUUUGAAUAUCGCUAUCAAAGCCUUCGAGGAUGGCAAUAAAGACAAGGCUUUGAAAUUCCUCAACAAAGCAGAAAAGCUCUAUCCAACCGAUAAAGCAAAAGUAUUGUUGGAAGCCUUGCUGAGGAAUGGUACUUCGACAGGGAACAGCACUGCAUUUUGUAGGAAGGCAUCAAAUGGAACUGACCCCGGAUCCCAAACCCAGCAUGAGACACAGAAACAGGACUCAGCAGCUGCAGACUUAACAAAAGGAUUUACCAAGGAGCAAGCUGAAGGGGUACAGAGGAUAAAGAAGUGUAAGAAUUACUAUGAGGUACUGGGUAUCAGAAAAGAUGCCAACGAUGAGGAACUGAAAAAGGCCUACAGAAAACUGGCUUUGAAAUUCCACCCUGACAAAAACCAUGCACCAGGAGCAACUGAGGCUUUUAAAAAGAUUGGAAAUGCUUAUGCAGUGCUCAGUAACCCAGACAAGAAGAGGCAGUAUGAUGUCAGUGGAGCAGAGGAUCCCAGCAGCCCAAGUUACAACGCUCAUGGAGGAUUUGAUUUCCACAGAGGUUUUGAGUCUGAUAUUACACCUGAAGAACUCUUUAACAUGUUCUUUGGAGGAGGCUUCGCUUCAUCGAACACACAUGACUUCAGUAAUGGCCGAACACACAGUCACCAUCCGGAUGAAACCAGAAGAGCGAGAGCAGAGGAGAGGGGAGAUGGUGGGUUCUCCAUGUUUAUUCAGCUGAUGCCAAUCGUUGUGCUGGUCUUGGUCUCAAUCCUCAGCCAGCUGCUGGUGUCCACACCACCUUAUAGCCUGUACUCAAGACCGUCCACAGGACAGACUGUUAAAAGACAAACAGAGAACCUGCAUGUGGAUUAUUUUGUCACCAGAGAUUUCAAAUCAGAAUAUAAGGGCUCAGCUUUGCUAAAGAUUGAGAAGAGUGUAGAAGAGGAUUAUGUUUCUAAUGUGCGAAACAACUGCUGGAGGGAAAGACAGACAAAAACAGACCUACUGUAUGCUGCUAAGGUCUACAGAGACGAAAGACUACAACGGAAGGCUGAACUCAUGACCAUGGAGAACUGCAAAGAGCUGGAUAGAUUAAACGAUCUGUUCCGUGGAGGAUAAACCUGAAACUGGAACUAAUGGACAUUUAUGAAAAUAAGAUAUCAUAGGUAUAAAUGUAAAUAUUUAUAGUUUGGUGUUUUUUUUGUUUUUUUUUUAAUACAUUCUUAUAGAAAGAAAACAUUUAACUAAUGAGAGAGUUCAAAAGUCCCUCAUCUUCCACUGGAAUAUACUUUGCUUCAAGGUUUUUCAAAUCAACUGAGAAAAAGAUCAUUUUUACCUAGCAAUCCAUUUUUAAUCUGUUUCUCUUUUAUGCCUGAUUAGACUAAAUCGUGAGAAAUGAUCUUAGAUGUUCUACACUUGAACACAACCUUUUUUUCUUUCUUGACUACUUGAACCCAAACCUUUGACUUUUGACUCCAUGUCAUUGUUGCUCUCCUUGUUAAGUUUUUAAGUGCUACUAACUUGAAGAGACCACUAUUUUGAAUCUUAAUGAAACUUAAAUUGUACAAAUAAAAUAAAAACAUUUAAACAGA